UCCAUGGACGCCGGAAAUUUGCUUACCAUUAGGUGUUCUGUCUGCUCGUUUACCGGCUUAUAACAUUAAAAAAAUCGUUUUCCUUCCUUAUUAUUUAAAAUAGUUUAAACUAUUGUGUUUCUAAAAAUAUUCGACUUCUUUCCUUGUACAUAAGUAAUAUAUACUUUUGUUAUUCUCUCACACAAAACUACUACGUAAAUUGAUUUGAACGAAAUUGGCACACGAGAAAUGAAUUAGGUAUCUAAGCUUUAAAUAGGACGUAGCCUGGUUGACUAAUAGCUCAUGCUGGAAAAAUUUACAGCUCCUGCUGUUAGGCUAUUCUGUAAUAGUCAAGUCAAAGUGAGCUCGAUCGCAUUCUCGUCCGUCAUUGGUCGAGAUUAUACAAACAACCAAUGAUGGACCGCGACGAUCACACACCGAAUGUUUCGAAUUGACAAAUUCAAGGCCUAACUGCAGGAUAAUAUUAUCAAUGAACAGUCUUGCUAUGAAAACGUUUAAUAUCAAAGUAAAAUAGCAUGAAUAACGAGAGGUAAGUGUUGAGUAUUAAACGUAAUAAAGAUAAUUUGAAAUGUUCUUAAAACGAAGUCUUACACAAUUAACCUAGAUUACGUACGAAGUCGAAGCAUUUUGUAGAUUGAGUGGACUUAGAUAAAGUCUUAUUAUUGACAUUGAUAACGGCAACACGAAUAUCAAAAUCAUUCCUUUCUGUAAUGCUUAAUAUGAGUUUGCUUUACGUUCAAAGUAGGUAAUCGAAACAAGAGCGCGUUUGGCGCUCUGAUUGGUUAGUUUAUUCGAGCCAGCCAAUCAGUGCGCCGAUCGCAAUCUGAUUGGCAGAUUAAAAAAAAUCUGAAACCCAAAUCAGCUCAUACCCUGUCUGUAUACCGACUUUCAUCAAAAUCCGUUCAGUAGUUUCAGCGUGGUUGACAGACGAACAUCCAAACAUCGAAACGAACAAACUAUCACAAUUAUAAUAUUAGUGUGAUAAGUUUAAAAUAGUUUAAAAAUCGUCUUGUUAUUUUAAAUCCCUUUACGGGGUAAACUAUUGAAUUACCUAUUGUAAAAUUGGAACAAUUUAUUGUAUUCAGUGUGACACAUGUAUGAACAGCUGCAUUACCUGCACGAUUGUAGAUUUGAGAAUACCAAGGCCAAGGUUUUAUUUAAAAUCUAUUUCUAAUAAUUAUGCCUAUGAAAGUACAUUCAAUUUCAACUUCAAUUCAACUCGUGCUGAAUUCAAUGUUAAUUUGAUAAACAAGUCCCUUCAGCUACGAGGUACAGUUAUUAUUCAAAACCAGUUUUCAAAAUAGUAUUGAAAACUGGUUUCAAGUUACUAGUUUAGAGAGAAAUUGAAGGGUCUAAUUAAAAUACUGAACAACUUUUGAUGAAGGUCGGUUAUAUGUGUGGAAAACAUAAAAAACAUAACGUCGGCCCAUUUAACAUAAAAAAAAACAUAUAGAUAGGUACUAUUUUGAGUUAAAAGUUGUAUGACUGAUGAUGCAUUUAUAAUUUUUCUUGUUUACAUAGUCGCAGAACUUAAUGCAAUUGAACACGAACAGGUGAAUAGAUGCGAAUGGGAUCGAAGGGCAAAAUUAUACUUACAGGCCGCACUUACCUCACCUGUACACUUUAAUAGACUCACCCCUUAUUGGGACCCACAUGGGACUCAUAACAUAACCGAAUGUGUACUUCUGCCUACCCAUUUGGGGAUAAAAGACAACCUUUCAGUAUGCAACUAUGCAAUACCUGUAACAUUAUAUGCGUAAUAAAAUUUCACUUCAACACGAUAUAAAACACACAUUACUGAAAUAGAAUCGAUAACAAAAUGCCGGUGACGAAACAAACCAGUCGUUUCAUAAGUUGAUACACAAACAAAAUGCACUGUUAGGAGUUCUUGAACUUUUCUACGUAGGUUCGGUAUAGUCAGUACAGAAGAGCCGAGAGGCUGUGAUUAGCGUCUUACGAGUAGUGAUGGGUGGACGAUAAAUACUCGUAUUUAUUCGGAUGAAAUCCCAACACUACUUACGAGUUUACGAGUGAUACGAACGAUCAAACUCAAAAGCAAACAGUCGCGGUCGGAUCAGCGGUGAACCUGUCAAUAUUAACAAUAACAAAUUUCUAAAUGUGGAAAAUGCGAAAAUUCACAAGCAAAAUAAUAAUUUUUGCUAUGUUUUCAUUUAUUUUUAUAACGAUGUUUAAAAAAUAUAUGUCUUCUCGGAGUGCGGUGUUAAAAAGUAAACAGUUUAGUGCUAAGAAGCCAGGUAUGAAGUAUAUUCUACUGUGGACCAGUCAUGAGAACAUACCGUUUGUGCACAUGGGUUUAGGACAAAGUGGAUUUAUUGGAAGACAAUGUGAAUAUACUAAUUGCUAUGUUAGUGCCUAUGAAAGUGAAUUGGGCAGUGUUACAGCAUACGACGUGGUAAUGUUUGCUGGGCCCGAGUUAAUAGAUACCAACAUCUCAUUACCGAAAGAACGGUUGCCAUAUCAAAAGUACGUGUUUGGAAGCAUAGAAUCUCCAGGGAACUAUCCCAUGUGUCUUCACAAUUUCAAUUCAUAUUUUAAUUGGACGUGGACGUACAAAUUGGAUUCCGACAUUCAUUGGGGCUACAUCGUGGUGAAAGAUGCUAAGGGCAAUAUCAUUGGCCCGAAGAAAGAUAUGCAUUGGAUACCGUGGAAAGAUAUGGAUCCCGUGAAUGACACCUUCAAGCAGCAUCUGAGGGGUAAACGCAAGGCAGUCGCCUGGUUUGUCUCGAAUUGUCGCACAAGAAGUCGCCGCGAGGACUAUGUAAUACACCUUAGAGAGGAGUUGCAAGAAAAUUAUUCUUUAGAUGUUGAUGUUUACGGAGAGUGCGGCUCGAACACUUGUCCUCGUGAUAAACAAGAGGAGUGUGAUGCAAUGUUAUCCAAGGACUAUUAUUUUUAUUUAUCCUUUGAGAAUGCCUUCAGUGAAGAUUACGUCACGGAGAAGUUGUUGAUUCCCCUGCAAAAUGAUGCUGUGCCUAUUGUUUAUGGAGGAGCUAACUACAGCAGGUUCCUGCCAGACCGAUCGUAUUUGAACGCCCGGGACAUGGGAGUGUCUCAAUUGGCUGAGUUGAUAUACAGCUUGAUUCAGGAACCCAGUGCUUACGCCGAGUUCUUCAGGUGGAAAAAGUACUAUACGUACCACAGGACGACGAAGCUGAAGGAAACCAAUGAGUACUGUAAAAUGUGUGAGACAUUGAACAAUGACGAAUUAGUGAAAAAACAUUCGAGUAUUUUUUCAUUCAAUGAGUUUUGGGAAGUAUAUGAAACGUGUUGAAGGAGUGUGUAUAUAUAAUUUAUUAUGUAGGUACAUAGUUUUGUUCAUCCAUGAUCAUGGCACUUGCAACUGUGCCGAAAUAUCAGAAAAUCGGAAGAACUAAAAAACAUGGUACCUAAAUGUUCCGUUUUGAGUUCUAAUGAUGUUAGUAUUAUUUCGCAUCAAAACAUUAUGGUCUACAAUAGCGAUGCAAAAUGGCACGACCUCGACCAAUAUGAUAAAUUGUCAUCAAAUUCAUACUCAUAUAGUCAUACAGUCCGAUGUGCUGCAGUUUAUUUUCAAACCAUUUUUAUCACAGUAAUUUGUACCUUAUUACUAUAAACUACAGGUUAAUGACAGACUAUUUUGAAUCGCAUAGUGUUUGAAUAAAUAUUUGGUAUAAAAAUAUUUUUAUACUUUUCAAAUAAAAACACUUUUUGAAAUAACA